AUGAUCCCGCACACGCGCAGCCUCGAGCUCGCCAGCAGCUGCUGUCAGGGCACCAACCGCUCGCAGCCUCAGGCCGCUCGUGGCGCCGCUGCCCGGGCCCGCAACGUGCGUGCACGGGCUGAGAAGAGGGAGAACGACUUGGAGAGCAAGCAGCCGGCGUCAGCGCCGGGAUUGAUCAACCCGACGCGCAGGCAGGCGGCUCUGGCUGGCCUCUGUGCGUGCGGUGCUGCCCUCGUGCCGGCCGGCGCGCGGGCCGAGCGGCUGGACAAGGUGGAGAUCGACCUCGAGAACGCCCCCAAGUGCCGCGAGUGCGCCGGCCAGGGCAUCGUUCCGUGCGACAUGUGCGGCGGGAGCGGCAAGUGGCGUGCGCUGAGUCGGAAGAAGGUCAAGUCGCAGUACGAGUUCACGGAGUGCCCGCAGUGCUACGGGCGCGGGGUGCGCGUCUGCGGCGUGUGUUUCGGCUCGGGCUUGCGCAACGUGCGCGGGCUGCUGCGGAGGCCGGAGGCCGCGCUGAUGGUCGAGAAGAUGCAGCACGGCGAGCUGCAGCCGGGCGAGGCGCAGGAGCUCAUCCGCAAGGCGAAGGAGAAGAUGGCCGCCGACGACGCCACGCGGGCGCAGUGA